AGAUGGUAAUAAUAUUAAAUUUAAACGAAGCAAGAAAGACAGCUAUGGCAUCCACGGGCUUGCUAGUAGUCUCCAACGUUAAGCACCUGGGCAAAUCCCUGCGGAGCAUUGAGAAAUACGUCAGCUCACUGUACAUACACCUGAAUGUGACAGGGUCAACGUCCAACUCGCUGACAACUCCUCCGCCCGUCUGGGGUCGUUUGAUUUCGCAGCUGUAUGCCAACAGCAGCAGUUAUGUAGGCAAUAAGAUCGAUCUUCGGGUGCUGGUCUCCCCGCUGAGGCCCGGCGUCGACGUACCCUUGAAGUUGCGCAAGCCCGUGGACCUGAUAUUCUCGGAUAGCCACCAUCCGGAGUUGUGUGACAAGCUUCGGGCUGCCCUCAAUGUUAGUAAGCCCACCAUCUUUCUGGAGGACAGCAGCUCCACAGAUCUAGGCUCGCACGAGGACAACUCGCAGGAACAAAAAAUGUAUCCGUCGGUGGUCCUGGGCGGAACCUUCGAUCGCAUCCAUCUGGGCCACAAGAUAUUUCUCACGCAGGCGGUGCUGCGCACUUGCAAGCGUCUGGUGGUAGGCGUAACGACAGCCGCCAUGACAAAGUCGAAGACUCUGCCCGAUCUGAUAUUACCCGUGGAGGAGCGUAUCGCCCUUUUGCGGGAGUUCCUCACGGACAUCGACAGCACGCUGCAGUACGAGAUUGUGCCCAUUGAUGACCCCUUCGGGCCAACGCAGCAUGAUCCGGACAUGGACAUGAUCGUGGUCAGCGCCGAGACCCUGCGCGGUGGUCAAAAGGUAAACGAAAUUCGCUCCGGCAAGCAGCUUCGUGAGCUGGACAUCUUUGUCAUUGACAUCGUUGAGAGCAAUGUCAACGAUGGCAUCCACGAAACGAAGAUCAGCUCCAGCAACACUCGCAUCGAUCUGUUGGGCUCGCGUUGGCGAAAACCGGAACCACGUCCCCACUUGCCUAUUCGGCCGCACAUCAUUGGCCUGACUGGGGGAAUUGCCUCUGGCAAGAGUAAAAUGGCCGAAAGGCUGAGCAAUAUGGGCGCCCAUGUCAUAGACUGCGACAAGGUGGCCCACGAUGUGUACGAGCCAGGUCAGGUGUGCUACAAGAGGAUCGUGCAACACUUUGGGACGACUAUUCUCUCUAGCAAUGGUCGCAUCGAUCGAGCCAAGCUGGGUCCCCUAGUCUUUGGCAAUCCCCUAGAGCUACAGGCCCUCAAUGAAAUUGUCUGGCCUCAGCUGAUAGAGGAGGUCAACAGACGACUGGAUUCCUUGAGAGCUGGCUCCGAGGUGCCCAAGGUGGUGGUACUGGAGGCAGCUGUGUUGCUGAGAGCCGGCUGGGAGAGCAACUGCCAUGAGGUUUGGUCCAUGAUAGUACCGCCCGAGGAGGCGGUGAAGCGGGUAAUGGCUCGGAACAGCCUCAGCGAGGCGGAGGCCAGAAAGCGUCUGUCCAGCCAGGUGUCAAACCAUGAAAUUGUGGCCAAAUCCCAUGUGAUUUUCAGUUCGCAGUGGGACUAUGAGUUUACCCAAAAGCAGGCCGAUCGGGCCUGGAAAAUACUCAACAGUGAACUGGACUCGCAACACAGCAGCAGCCUCUAACUUCUUGACUACUACAAGCAGGGGAUAUUUUGGGGUGCGGUUCGGAAUUGUUUGUUACACCCUUUUUUAUAUGAUUGUGCAUUUUGUUGUUCAUUGCUUAGUUUUAAGUCGAAAGUUUAAUAAGAAAUGCCAAGAAAACAUUGUAAAAACGUUAAA